AUGGCGGAGUUGAAUUCUGAUUCGGAAAGCUCUCAUAGUUCGCAAUGUGAUUCGGAGUAUGAUUAUAUUCCCGGUUAUGUCAUCGAGGACGAAACAAGGAACAUUAAUGACCAGGAAUAUAAUAUAAUAGAUGAAAAUCACGGCGAACUUGAUCACACAGUUGAGUUGAGUUCUUGGUGCAAGUGUGGUUUUUGUCAAGUUACACUUCUUCAGAAUCCUCAAGAGGCCUGGUGCUGCCAAGAACUUAAGCCUGUAGCUGAAAGCUUAACACACCAGUCGGUUCUGGCAGAUCUGUCAUCUAUUCCAUGUUGUGUCACUCUACACCCAGGUUUCAAACCAGUUUGUUUGGAAAAGUGGUCGCUAAAAAUGGCUGCUAGGAAAUACAAAACCAAAGAACAAAGACGAUACAAAGAAACAGGAUCUGAAAACAUGUUUUUACGAUGUGUUGCAUACAGAGAAUUCACAUCUAUGAUUUAUGGAUGCUUAGGAGAAGAAAGAAGACCAUUACCAGCAUGUGCAUACCAUGCAAUAAGAUCAAAAUUUAAUGAUAAAAAGUUGGAAUUUAGAGGGUAUGAAGAAAAUGAAAUAAAUGAGUGA